AUGUGUCGGCCUGUGAGGUGCAAGUCCCGCCGUCGUGACGAAGAGCUAUUGCGCACCGACUAUGACACACAUUCGUUCCGUGGCACGGCUCUGUCUUGCACAAGCCAAUUCUGCCUUUGCCCACACCCGCCCGGUGGGUUCUCUUUAAGCUCCACCCGAUUUCAACCAUCGGCCCACCAUUUCCUGUCUCACAGACUCCGUGUCAACUGUCCGUUGCAGUGGGAAGACGCUGGAGCGACCCAGUUGAGCCCAUUUUUUCAUCGCUAA